UAUCUAACAUUUGAAAUAUUUUUGCGUCGCUGAAACUAAACUAAAAUAAUUUGAACGUAAGUGGGGAACGAGUUUUGUUCAACUAACCCAUUGUUCGGUAUAUCCAACUUAAAAUUCAGUCCACGAUGAAGCUAUAGCCUAAGCCAAUGUUAUAGGAAGUAGGUACGACGAACUUCUUUAUCCAGAUCCGGCCUCGAUCCAUAUAAGUUUCAUACAAAACCACCCAACCACACAACAAAUUCAAAUAAAAUUUAAUUAAUUUGCGGUAUCUCCAACGGUAGACGAGGCCGAUUGCCACUCGAAGGAGAAACUUAUUUGUUUAACGUACACGUUAGCGAAUAGACGUAAAAUAUGUAGUGCUAAAUGAACUGUCUUUGGAUUCUAACUAUAAAAGUGAUGUGAUUGAUGAUAGUGCAGUGAAAUGGACCCAUUUAUUAACUCAUGAGAUGCGGAUUUUCAUAUUACUCGCAUGCCUGGCCUCCACUUGCUCUGAAAAUUACUGUCCACCCAUUUGGCAAAAACCUACGAUGACCCAAGUGAACGAAACCGGCUCGAUUUUGCUCGGAGAAGACGAGUUUAGUGGCUGCGAGUGUCGGGCAUUUCCAGCCAGUUACUCGUUUUGCUACGGACGUCUCAACUGUCGAACAUUUCCGCGGAAUAUCACAAUCUCGACCAAGACUUUCUGGCUGAAGGCGUCCCGAAUUCCCGAAAUUAAACCGGGAGAUUUGACCAUUUUAACGCACUUGGAAGCACUGACAAUUGAAGGGAAUUACAACUUGACUCGAAUUUUGGCGGGGAGUUUCUUACACAUGAAAAAAUUACAAAAACUUUGCAUUUCCUUCAACGCAAAUUUGAAAAUUUUGGAAGCUGGGUGUUUCGAUGGCUUAACCAGUCUCAGACACUUGCUACUUGUGAAAAAUGCCUUCACGAAAGUGGCCCAAAUCACGCCGGUUUUGGUCAAUUUACCCAAAUUGCGGAAAUUGGAUUUGAGCGAAAACCAGUUUAGUACAAUCGACAACAGUGAUUUUGCUGUUUUGGGAAAUAGUUAUUUGUACGAACUUAACAUGAUUUUGUGCCAAAUAGAGAACAUCGAAGCUCAAGCUUUCACACAUUUGAGGAAUCUCACGGUUUUGAGGCUUGGUGAAAACAGCUUGAAUAUCUCAAGUCUUGCCAAAGCGCUUGACGGGACGACGCUAAAGUCCCUCAACUUGUACUCAAUCGGUUUAAAGAAAAAUAACUCGAGACUAUUACUUGAUGCGAUCGCCAAAACAAACAUCAGUUUUUUAUCACUGGCAAAAAACCAGUUCGAAGUGAUUAAGUCAGACACUUUUCCCUUGAUGCCCAAAAUACAGACUUUGGAUUUGCAAGAGGUCCUCGCUCUGAAUAUCACUAGCAAUGCGUUUGUUGGGUUCCCAAACUUAAAAACGCUACUUUUAAGCGGAAAUAGGUUAAAUUCGAUCCCGGAUGGUGUUCUCCUUGAAAAAUUAUCAUGUUUUGAAGUUAAACAAAACUCGGGAAAUGUGAACAACAAACACUCAUAUUUUUCCCUAUUUGGUGAGAAGUUUAACCACAUGAAAAACCUCCUCCAACUCGACUUGAGUUUCAACAUAAUCCAAGCACUUUACAAUUCGAGUUUCACCGGCCUUGAAAAUUUGAGAAUUUUAGGGUUAAAAAGUGCAACAAUUCACCGAAUUUCCAAUGGCACUUUUAGCAACCUAUCAAAACUAGUAUUUCUAAACCUUGAAAAUAACCCGUUUGUUGUUAACCACCCCUUGACCCUUGAAAGUGGUAUUUUUGACGGUUUGGACAACUUGGAGGUGCUUCUUUUGGGCGGUUGUGGCAUAAAAUUUGUUACAAAUGCGUUCAAAAGUUUGAAAAAUCUGGUCCAUUUAGGUUUGGAGAGAAACAAAUUGAUGAUUUUACCGAAUUUUGAAGGUCUAGUCAAGUUGCAAACGCUUGAUUUGUCCCAGAAUAACAUAAAGCCGUGGUUUGAGCCGAUUUUUGCAACAAAUACGCACCUGAGGGAUGUGAAUCUUGGGGGAAAUAAAAUAACGUAUUUGACUCCUGCCAUGGUACGGGAUUUAAAUCGUUUGUUUAGUUUAGAACUUUCGGAAAAUCCCUUCACUUGUGAUUGCAGUUUUGCAUGGGAUGAUCCAAAAAUCAUGAAACUGAUUGAAAAUGAAAUCACUUUGUGUUUCUUCCCUGAUUCUACAACCGGUUUAACCAUAAAAGAGUUCCUGAGUGAGAAGCCAGACUGUCACAAUUUACUAAUUUUCAUAUUGCCAACAGUUUUUGUAUUCUUGUUGAUCUCCAGUUUUGUUGUGGUAUUGUAUUAUUUUCGGUGGCACUUGAGAUAUUGGCUUUUCCUCACCCGCCUCCACUUGAGCCGAAACCACAAAAUCAGACAUCGUGACACACCUCAGGGUCACGUUAAUUAUCUCUAUGACGCGUUUGUUUCGUACAGUAGUGAGGACCGAAAUUUCGUAAUUCGUUUGGUCACAAUGCUCGAAAACUACCCUCCUUAUAUCAAGCUUUGCGUUUAUGAGCGUGAUUUUGAAGUUGGGACAAUGAUUUCGGAGAAUGUGCUCGAAAGUGUGGCUAAAAGUCGCAAAACACUACUUUUGAUUAGUAAUUCCUACGCCAAAUCGCAGUGGUGUCGUUGGGAAAGUCAGAUUGCUGAACACCAUCGCCUGUUCUUUCAAGAUGAGAAUGGACAAUAUGUUGAUGAUAGUUUGAUUUUGAUAAAGUUAGGACCGGUCAAUGAGACAUAUAUGACACCGACUUUGAAGUAUUUGCUUAAAACUAGGAUCUAUCUUCAGUGGGAUGAAGAUGAGAAGAAGCAGAAGGUUUUUUGGGAGAAGUUGAGGACUGCGUUGGCGCCGCCAGGCGAAAUCAACGAAAACACUUACUUGUAAUAUUUAUUUUGAAUAAAGAUUUUUAUUUUA